GCGCAUGCGUACUGCUAAAAACGUGUGGUUAUCGACGUGCCCGUCUGUGUCUAUUUCUGUGAAUGACUUUGAGGCACACCCUUAACCCACACAGUAAUCAGCCCCGUGAGUGUCUCUAUCGAGUCAACCGUACAAGCACACAAUCUCCAUACAAAGAUGCCUCUCGAAUUUGAACUAGCCCCUGGUCGUAUGAUUGGUGGUGACCACCCAUGUUUUUUCAUCGCUGAAAUCGGACAGAACCACCAGGGCGAUAUCAAUAUUGCCAAACAGAUGAUCAAAGUUGCUAAGGAUGCUGGUGCUGAUUGUGCCAAGUUCCAGAAAAGUGAACUUGAGUUUAAAUUCAACAAGGCAGCGUUGGAGAGACCAUAUACAACAAAGAAUUCUUGGGGUGUUACAUAUGGUGAACAUAAAAGACAUCUGGAAUUUAGCCAUGAACAGUAUCAGGAAUUAAAAGCCUAUGCAGAGUCUGUUGGUAUAUUACUAGGAGCAUCUGGAAUGGAUGAGAAAGCUAUAGACUUCCUUGAUGAGUUAGGAAUUGCAUUCCUAAAGGUGGGCUCUGGAGACACCAAUAAUUUGCCGUACUUGGAGCAUGCCGCAAAGAAAGGACGACCCAUGGUGAUCUCGUCUGGCAUGCAAACUAUGGACACAAUGAAGAAGGUUUAUAACACAGUAAAGCCAAUCAAUGAUAAGUUUUGUAUACUGCAAUGUACAAGUGCAUAUCCACUUGAACCUGAAGACGUUCAUCUCAAUAUUAUCAAGGAAUACCAGAAGGAAUUUCCAGAUAUUCCAAUUGGAUAUUCUGGGCAUGAAAAUGGAAUGAGUAUAACAUUAGCUGCUGUUGCUAUGGGAGCCAAAGUAUUAGAACGACACAUUACUUUAGAUAAAACAUGGAAAGGCAGUGAUCACAGCGCAUCCUUAGAACCCAGCGAGUUGAAAGAACUUAUAUCACAGAUACGUAUCGUAGAAAGAGCGAUGGGAAGUCGAGUGAAAAAGAUGCGAUCAUGUGAGCUGUUUACGCAUCAGAAGCUUGGUAAAAGUGUUGUUGCUGCAAAGGAUAUUCCAGCCGAUACUGCAAUGACUUUGGACAUGUUAACAGUUAAGGUUGCCGAACCGAAAGGAUAUCCACCGGAGAAGAUUUUCGAUCUCAUUGGCAAGAAAUUAAAGAAAGGGGUUGAAAAUGAUGAUUCGGUCACUGAAGAUAAUUUGCAAUAAAAUUAUGUUAAAAAAAAAUACCGUACUCGAUUGACUUGCGGAGUAUUGCAUCAGGUUGACACAGCUCUCUUAUUGGUUAAUAACAGGCUUGAUCUACUAUAAAAUACUUUAUUUUCACUUGGAAUAAAUUUUCGCUAUUUUUGCUGAAGGAAUGAUUCAGUGAAAAUAAAAUCCAGCGAAUAUACCUUUUUUCUUAUCUUUUACAUUCAACUCGCUAAAAAUCAGUGAAAAUAAAUUCCAUACAACACACCUAAAAAAGUCUUUUCAGCGAAAAUUAAUUCCAGUGAAAAUAAAGUAUUUUACAGUAUUAGGACAAAAUUCAUUGUUGCAGGUCAAAUAAUCCUGGGAAAUAUUAUGGUGGACAUUGCUUUACCUCAGGAGUUUGCGCAUGUUCCAAAACAUACUACAACAAAGUUAAUGAUGAAGGCUUGACUUGUUUUCCUGCAGAUUCUAAUAGUAAUAAUAAUAAUUCUGUUGGUACAUAAAUUAAAUCAUAAUGAAAU